UAUAAUUCGCCGGCUGAAGUGUUCUUGUUUGGAACCGAGCGCAACGGCUGCUUGUACAGGUGAGACUUGAAGAGAGAGAGAGAGAGAAGACUGAAUCGAUUGCGAGAAAUUAAAAGAAAAAAAAAGACAGCAAACAGAACGCGAACUCUUUCUUUAAUUUAUUUGUAUAUUGGUUCUCUCUCUCUUCUGGUCUCCUUUUGUUGCCCUAGAUCUUGAAUCCCAGCAAUUGGAGCUUAAGAUCUUUUGGAGGAAUUCUCCGUUUAGAUCUUCAAAUCAAGAUUCAAGUUCGGGAGUUGGGAAUCUUUUCGAGCUGGAUUGAGCUGGAGUGAUCAGAUUCCUUUAUAGGUUAGUUGGCUGAAGGUAUUUUGUUGGAGCUGUGGACUUCGCAGACUGGAAAACAGUGAUCUGCUUAUAUUUACUCCAAGGUGGGCCUAGACUUAUAUGAAAUAAGGAAGGUGUUCUGAAGUUAUAAUGUCAUUAGUCUAAAUGAAGGCAUCAAAGGCGUGGCGGCUAGGCAUUGGAGAUUUGCAAAUAAUGACUGUGCCGCGCCACCGACCUCCUUUAAAAAGGCCUAUGUGGAUAAUUGUAUUGGUCUCUUUGGUGAGCUUGUUGCUAAUUGGCGCUUAUGUUUAUCCACCACGAGGCUUUGUAGCCUGCUAUAUGUUUUCUUCAAAUGGUUGCAAGUCGUUUGUCGAAUGGCUUCCACCUUCUCUCUCUAGGGAACUUACUGAUGAUGAGAUCGCUUCUCGCGUUGUCAUUAGGGAUAUUUUAAGGAUGACUUUUCCUGAAACAAAGAAUGCCAAAAUUGCCUUCAUGUUCUUGACUCCUGGUUCAUUGCCUUUUGAAAGGCUGUGGGAUAGGUUCUUCAGUGGGCACGAGGACAGGUUCACUGUUUAUGUACAUGCAUCUAGAGAAAAACCAGUGCAUGUAAGCCGUUAUUUUAUUAAUCGGGGCAUCCACAGUGAUAAGGUGGUAUGGGGAACAGUUUCUAUGGUCGAUGCUGAGAGGAGGCUUUUGGCAAAUGCACUCAAAGACCCUGAUAACCAACAUUUUGUCUUGCUUUCUGACAGCUGUGUACCACUGCAUAAUUUCGAUUAUGUGUAUAACUAUCUUAUGGAUACCAAUAUCAGCUUUAUUGAUUGCUUUGAGGAUCCUGGCCCACAUGGUUCUGGAAGAUAUUCAAAGCACAUGCUGCCUGAAGUUGAAAAGAAGGAUUUCAGAAAGGGAGCACAGUGGUUCUCAAUGAAACGACAACAUGCCUUGAUAGUUAUGGCAGACAGUCUUUACUACUCGAAAUUCAAGCUUUAUUGCAAGCCAGGCAUGGAGGAGGGGCGCAAUUGUUAUGCAGAUGAGCACUACCUGCCAACCUUCUUCUAUAUGAUUGAUCCACAGGGGAUUGCAAAUUGGUCUGUGACACAUGUUGACUGGUCUGAAGCAAAGUGGCAUCCAAAAUCUUACAGGGCACGGGAUGUUACCUACGAGCUCCUGAAGAAUAUUACGUCUAUCGAUGAGACUCUGCAUGUUACAAGUGAUAGAAGGAGGGAGGUGCAGAUAAGACCUUGUUUGUGGAAUGGUAUGCAGCGGCCAUGCUAUCUAUUUGCGAGGAAAUUCUACCCAGAAGCACUGGAUAACUUGAUGCAAUUAUUCUCCAACUAUACGCUGACAUGAUGCACAUCUUAAUGAUUUUUAUUCUUUGGUUGGAUCAACGACUGCCGACCCAUCCUACUGUCUGUCGCUGCUUCAACCGUAUAUAUUGCAAUGUUGUAAAAUGACACGCUGUAGAUUGCUUGGAUGCCUCGGACCCGGAUUCAGAUUCAUAGAAUAGAAGGGCGAUUGUCAGAGCAAAUAGGGUUAAUUGACUCGGAGGCUUGAUGUUACUGCCAACUUGCCUGGUGGUGUCGCUUCCUCUAGGGUAAAUGAUUUGCUGUUUCUCUGUUGUCCAUUUCUUUCUCUUUUUUUUUUCCAUUUGUGUUGCUUAUGUUAAA